UAUUCUUUCUUUUCAUAGGCCUCUUCAACAAUUAUGGCUGCUUAAGAGCGGGGGAGCAAAAGAAGGGGCCCCUCCUUGUGGGGUCCACAGCUGAGUAAUGGCUCCCCCUGUGCUCUUCCCAUUACCAACAUAUCUGUCUUAGUACAAUGGCUGAACUUUUCUGCAAGAGAAGUUGUGUGUAUAGCUAGUAUUGUAUUGUUAUCAUAUAGUACAGUACUGUACUUGCAUGCACCAUCAGAAAAGGAUUGGGCCUUUAAAAUGCCACAUUUACUUUAAACAAGUGCAAUGUCCAUUAAAGUGCAAAAAAUAUUGUAUUAAUGAAUACUUACUUCAAUUGUAUUUGAUAGUGAUAGACAAAUGAAAACUGUGCAAUGCAAAACUGUGCAAUUUAAACAAGUACAGUGUAUUGGAUAACAUGUAUCCCUUGAGUGAUUAUAUUUUUAUCAAGUAAAACAUUUAGAUUUAGACUGGUGUGAGUUUACUCAAAUGUGAAUGUAUUAGAGGAUAUAGUUUUCACUUGAUGAAAUGAGUAAGAUUUUUGUCUUUCAUAACCAUGGCUGUGAAUUGUCCUUGUAUUAUACUUUAGGCAUUUUUCAUGAAUUACUCAAAAGUACUUUACUGUAACGUAGACAAGUGUCUAUGACUUAUCUAUGACUUUAAGUUAGGAAAAAAGAUAUUAAGCAUACAUUCAGUCCACUGGCUUUAAGCUUGAAAAUACUGUAGUUGUAGAUUUAAAAACUGAGUGUCAUGCUGAUUGAGUAUGUCUUGCAACUUGCUGAAAGUUAUGUACGCUUCCAAUAAUACUCGUGUGGCAUUAGCCAGACCUGAACCAGAUAUGUAGAUGAACUGAAAGUUUGAAGAUUGCCCUACUCCAACUGGAUAGCUGCUGUAUGGUGAUUAGCUCUACAAUAUAUUUAUAAUCCAGGCACUAGGGCAAAAUGAGUCAUGUACUGGAAUGUGAGUGCACCUUAGGGUGUCGUUCCCGUGAACAUGGGUCCAGGAUCACUUCAGCAAUCGUCAGAGGCUCUGAGGCACAAGCCAUUGCAUAUAUGAACAGCCUGUGUCAUCGCUACUGUUUUGUGAUAGACGAAGUAGGAAAAACAGCACUUCACACGGCAGCUUCCUGUGGUAAAAGAAAGGUUGUGAAAUGGCUCCUUUCAAAAGGUGCAUCAUUGAAUCAGCGUGACUGGGAAAGCGGCUACACUCCUUUACAUCGUGCACUCUUCUAUGGGCAACUUCAUGUUGCUUGUGCUUUAAUUCAGUGUGGUGGAAACAUUUCUGCUUUAGACCAUGAUGCUCUUACUCCAUUGGACCAUGUGAAUUUUGAUCGACCAUCGAUUGUCUCCUUUACCUGUUCAUUACCUACACAAGUUUAUGUUUGGGGUAACAACACAAAUUACAACUUGGGGCAGACUAGUCAGCAUGCAAGAGGAACUCCAGAGUGUUUAGAUUCUUUUCACCAUGAAGGUCAGGUGAUAAUAGAUGUUGCUCUGAGCAAGUUUCAUACGCUGUUUCUUGCUAGUAGUGGUCGUGUUUAUACCUGUGGUCAUGGCCACGGGGGAAGGCUAGGACUGGAAACAAAUUCUCCAGUUAUUACUCCACGUCCUGUGAAGGCCUUCAUGCAUUCAAAUGUAAUCAUGGUGGCUGCAGGACCUGAUCAUUCUCUCUUUUUGACUGAUUCUGGACAAGUGUGGAGUUGUGGUAGUAACUUGUAUCACCAGCUGGGGUUGAACCCUCCUCCAGAGAAAGUUUAUUCACCAAGAAUGCUUACUUGGCAUAAGUCUAAUAAAGAAAUAAUUGCUGGUAUUGGUGCAGCAAAAUAUCACUCUGUGAUAUGGACAUCUCGAGUGCUUUAUACAUUUGGUCUUAAUGCUGGACAGCUUGGACACUUCAAGAAUGCUAAUGAAUUCACUAUUGUUACCCCAAGAAAUGUUUCAUCAAUGGUCAUAAAGGACGAUGGCAGUCUUGUCAGUGUUGGAGUCAGCGAUGGAGCUACAGUGCUAGCAACUUCAUGUGGAGAUAUAUAUGUUCUUCAUCAGUAUCAGAUUCGCAAGGUAGCUUCGAAGAUGCAUGAAGUGGUGAAGGUGGCUUGUCUUGGAGGCCACUUAGAUUCUAAAGUUGGAGCUGAGGGCCUUAUAGAGCAUGGAGGAGAUGACCUAAGGAUUGCUGCCCUCACUGGACGUAGAACCGGCCAUCUGUACCUGUGGACAGAACAGUCGUCACAUCUUUCUCGUUGCCUCUUUUCUAUUAAGCGCAAAAUAACUUUAGUUGACUUUUGUCUUAAUCGUCAUUGUCUGGGAGUAGUAACAGAUGAUGGAGAAGCUUUCUCUGCUAUUGUUUUGCCUGCUCGUGAACGUAAGACAUCUGAAAAGCCUUCUGUUCGUAAAUCUUGGGGAUCAUCAGGCCAACUCACUGAAUUCCUUGAUCACAGUACUUGCGUCACUUUACGUUUAACUCGUAUUCCUAUUUUGCAUCGCACCAUUUCUGUUAUGUGUGAUCCAAAAGGUCUGAAUUUUGCUGCACUUCAGAAUGAGCCUAGUAGUUUUUUGCUUGAUUUACCUCAGUUAAGCUGUAGCACUAUGAAGGAAGAUUUUGAAACUCUACUCAAAGAGGUAAAUGAAUUGGAUACAAUACAUGAUGUUGUGAUUGUAUGUGGAGCUCGAAAGUUUUUUGCCCAUUCAUUUAUUUUGGCUUGUCACAGUGAAUAUUUUUGCCGCCACCUUCUUAGUGAACAAGAGAAUUUGAAGAAUGAUUACGUAGAUUUCCAGGAGGAGUGGGGCAAUCUUCACAACUCUGAAAAGAAAUAUAUUACUCUAAAAGAUGUUCCACCAGAUGCCUUUCAGGAGGUUCUCACAUAUAUGUACACUGGCUCUUGCAAAUUCAUUGUUCCAGAUUAUACUCUUUGUGUGCCUUCGCAUGAUCAGCCUCUGGAUAAUGUCACUGGAGACCAUCCAGGAAUGUAUGAAUGGACAUCCAACAAAAAUUUACACCGAAUGCCAUCUUACUCAAUAAACAAUGAAGCAGAACAUUUAAAAUCUACUAACAAACAAAAAAAGAAAAGAGGAAGCAAGUUGUCAGGGGUUAAGGCAGCAAGUGCCCAUCCAGUGCAAAUUGGACAUUCAGUUGCAAAGAAAUUAGAAAUUACAUCUCUAGAAAGAGCACUAGAGAAGUUAAAAAUGAUGGAUGGAUAUAUUGAAGGGGAGACUUGUGCACAUCAAAAGGAUGUGGGAGUUAAUAAGGAAGGAUACAACUAUAGUCGUGAUAGGCAUCAGGAACUGUGGGAUGUGAUGAUCCGCAGCAAAACUGGGGACAUUCUUGGAGCCCACAAGUGCAUCCUUGCUGCACGAUCAGAAUAUUUCCGUUGCAUGUUUGGGUCUAGUUGGAUUGAGGCUACUGCAUCAAAAUCUCUCAAUAUGCCAUUGUCAACAAACCUCCUUUCAAUCAUUCUUGACUACCUGUAUGAAGAUGAAUCACCAAAAUUACGCCAAUGUCGAGAUCCAGAAUUUGUCUGCAAUGUGUUAGCUGUUGCAGAUCAGUUUUUUAUCAUUAGAUUGCGUGAAAUAUGUGAAGAUGUUAUCAGUGGCUUACUGACACUGAAGAAUGCAGCAGAACUGUUGGAAUUUGCAGUAAGCUAUAAUGCUGCUCAGCUGAAAGUCACUGCAAUGCAAUUUAUUAGUCUAAACCUCACUGCAGUAUUAGAAAAUGGAUCUCUGCUCUCUAUAAGAAAUAGUGAAGUACUUGUACAACUGAGAGACUAUUACAGAGGAUUCAUCCCACGCAUGUCCUGUCGUAUGAUGACUCCUCACGAUCACCCUCCAUAUGCAGAUGAAUUAGAGCAAGUGCUUGAGGAGAGGCCAUUAGUUUUACCAGACUCUGAUGAAGAAUGGGAUGAAGACUCAUCUUUAAAAUGUGAAAAACUAUUAAAUGGUGGAGGCUCAAGUUCAACACGUAAAAAGAAACGCCAGCACCGUAACAGUCAAGGAGAUGCACGUUGUCGGAAAAUAUCGGCAUCUUCUGUUAGUUCUUCUGACUGUGAUACUACUAGAGAUAUAGAGGAAGAUUUUGGAACUUUAGAUUUCAGUGAUCUAGAAGAGCGAGUUCCCUCACAAUCUUCCACUGGCAUACCUGAGAUCAAAAGUAGUACUUCUAAACUGGCUGUACCAGUACACCACACUGAAGAUGGUGAGGCUGUUAUUCAGGUUCCCAAAGAUAGUAGUUCAUGGCAGAGAGUUUGUAGGAAGAAAAAUACAGUUGGUCAGUCUGUCAUCACUCCGGUAAAAUCACCAACAGAGUCACCGGUUCAGGAAAAUAUUGAUUUUGACUAUACUCAGUCUCCUCUGAUUUCCUCCCCAGCUGAACUUGAUGAUGCUAACACAUACAGCAGAGUACACGGAAAAGUUUCAAUAACUGAAUUUCCAAGCUUGCGAGACUCCAUAAUAGCAGCUCAGAAGACUGGUCAUUUGGCAAAAAACAGCAAAACUGGCAAGUUAUCCCAGAAGCAGCGUAAGAAGUUAGCAGCAGAGGCAGCAGCAGCUGCAGCAGCAGAACAGACUUCACCUGUGUUGUCAAAGAAGCAGUUGCAAAACUCUUCAAGGAACAUUUCUGCACCUGCUUGGGGAACCAGACAGGAUUCCAUUGUUACAUCGACUGCAGCAACUUUUUCCCAAACAUUGGCAGACAUUAUGAAGGCUGAAGAAGUAAAAGAAAGGCAAACUAGUGUUCCAGUAUCCAUCCAAAGCAACAAGAAGAUACAUGGUGCAGAUACUCCAAUCAGGAGAGGUUUCAGUUGGGGCCAAGAUGAUGAUCUGCCAGUUAGUCAGUUAAACAUAGAAAGAGAAGGUAGUGGAAUGUGGUCUGCGGUGGCAUCCUCACCAACAGUUUCUCCUGGAGGUUGCAAAUAUCCCUCUCCUGAUCACAGCCACAUGGAAAAAAAUAUUGCACAAUCCCCCACUCAGCUUCCUACAGUUCCGCAUUUUUCCGACAUCCUUCUUGAGGAAGAAACCCACUCCGACAAUUUGAUUAAAGAACGUUUUAAACCCUUGGCAGUGAUACAGUUGGAAGACCGAGCCAUUGAAGAACUGUUGUCUUUUUAUGGCGCAUCAGAAUGUUUUGAAGAGAAAAUAACUGUUACGCGUGUGAGAAAGACUGUUGCCAAUCCAAUCUGGAGCAAAUGAUUAAAAUUUUAUGAACUGUGUCAAAUAGAAUUAGGGGUCAGUAUUGUGAGAAUUUAACAUGAUUUCUAAUUGUCUCAUUUUGGUGUAUGUACUAGUACUGUACAUGCUGGUAAUUAUUUAUUGACAUUAGAUAAUUUACUGUGUGUUUUAGACUGGUCCUGGACAAGAGUUCAUAAAAAAUAGCAAGUCAGGCUAGCCAUAACAAUGAUGUGAUGGUCUGCACAAAGACAUAACGUGAAUGUCGAUGAAAACUUCCUUCCGUGACCAGUACCACUCCAUUUUUUCCUGUAUACACUUUGUGCCUAUAUGUAGCUUCAUUUUCUAUAUGCCUUACUGUUAUGGCAAAAUAUUUCUAUUAAUAGUUGGGCUUGGUGACAUCCUAAUUAGUGAUUUAAAUGAACAGUAAUAAAUGGAAGCCAGAUUUACAGAUAUAAUGGUAGAUAACAAAUGGUUUCAUAGUCACCCCAGAGUAUGGUGCUGUAAUUGGCAUGUCUGUUGCCAAUGAAGCUAAAUACUGCUUGACCUGGCCAGUAAUUGGAUGGACAACAUAGACAUUGCCUCAAAUUUGACUAAUGGGGUCUUGAUGAGCUAAUAGUAAUGGUACCCAUUGGUUGAAGGUUACUGAAAUGUCUAUGGAAGAUUCUGUAUGAGACUGACGAAAAGUCCUCAGAGAACACAAAAUUUCAGAUAUGUAUCACAUGAAAGUUUCACAUGGAGUUUCAAAUGCUUAUAAUAUGCUGUCUGGUUUAAUAUUUGCUUUUGUUUUGUCACAAACAUUAUAUAGGAAUGAGCAGAAUUAAUCCUGAGUGUGUAGACGCAAGUUUGUGUUACUUUUCCUUAAAACUUAGUUUUGUAUUUGGUAUGUUAUCUAAUUAUAUUAAAUUAAAAAUAUUGAUAACUACAAAAGUUCUUAGGUGAAUUCCUGAAAAAUUAUAGCCAGUCAUCUGUUGGUGUUGGUAAAAUAACCACAUAUACAAUGAAGUUUAAAAAUGUACGUUCGAUAAGCUAUUAUGAGGAAAAAUGACGCAUUAUAGGAUUAAAGACAUAACAAGAAUAAACAUGUUUUACUGUACUCAUUAGUCUGUACUAAAUACAACAAUAUAUGUGCUAUUGCCAAAUUACUGAGUACAGUGGACCCCCGGAUUAAGUUGUCAUCGGAAUAAGUAACGUUUUUUCGUCAAAAUAUUGGCUCGGUGAACGUCACUGAACUCAAUAUGUCAUUUGUCCGGAACGUGUCUGUGCGGCCUAAGCAGCCCCGACAUUCCAUGUACAGCCAGUGUGCCAUUGUUUACCAGCCAGUGAGGACAAUCCCAUGCGUUCAUAUGAUACAUUUUGUAUUAUUCCAUUCUUUUUAGUGCUUGUAACUGCUAAAUAAGCCACCAUGGGCCCAAAGAAAGCUUCUAGUGCCAGCCAGCCCUUUGGUAAAGGGCUGAGAGAGAGGGGAGAAUGUGCCCUUUUCAGUGAUUCUGCAAUAUGUACGAUACUAAAGCAGUAGGAGUUGAUAAAGGCUAUAGCGCCAGCCAGCGAUAAAUAGCAUUAACAGUGUAGCAAUUAUUAUUAUUAUUAUUAUUAUAAAAAAGAAGCACUAAGCCACAAGGGCUAUACAGCAACAGUGUAGCAAGUAAGUUAAGAGAUUAAUCGAUAGAAAAAGGACAGCACGAAACUAACUCCUCCAUUGUUGUUGGAGGUAUAUAGGGCUAUAUUAUGUCAUUAGAUGAAUUUUGCUAGAUAAAUAAGCCAUAGAGCUGAUAUUAGUGUCAUAUUGAAUGACUAUCUUGUCCUGUCUCCCAUCACAAUUCCUAACAUAUGCCAGACACAGACCUCUCUGGAAAACUUUUUUGAGUGACAGGGGUCCAGUGACUCAAGCUGGUCCUAGUGGCAUUAAAAAACAAAGAAGGGAAGUAACCCAGGAUAAGGACUUUGUACCUGAAGUCUUUAUGGAAGGGGAUUCCCCUUCCAAACAUUUGUAAACUCCUCCAUCCUCUCCCCUCCCCCCAUCUUCCAUACAUCACCAUGUCUUCAAUAAAGGUAAGUGUUAUGUUAUUAUUGUUUUAUUCUUCAUGUAUCAUUGUCUUCUGUGUAGGUAAAUGUAUAUUUCAUGUAGAAAGUAUUUUUUUAAUAGUUUUGGGUGUCUGAAACGGAUUAAUUAGAUUUCCAUUAUUUCUUAUGGGGAAAAUUAAUUUAAAAUAAGUCAGAUUCAGGGUAAGUCACUCUCUCUGGAACAGAUUAAUUUCAUAAUCUGGGAGUCCACUGUAGUUGAGAUUACUUGAAUUAUACAUAUAACUUCAGUUUAGUUAUUUUUCUGUGUAGUGUCAUGAAAACAAAAUUUAAGUGUAUAAAGAAAAUAAAAUAAAAACCUUAAUAUAUGUUAAGGAGUUAUUUUGAAAAUGAGGUUUUUCACCAAUUUAUUGUGGUUCUUUGCAUUAAAUGUUGCAACAUUAACCUCUGAA